UCCAAACUAACUUUUGUUUAAGAUUCAUUUCUCAAACUCUUUUAAGCCACUAUUGCCUGUCAUUGCAGCUUCCCCCACUAUAAAUGUUAUGAAUCUAAAGAAAGCAACAACCAAACAGAAAGUUUCGUUUCAGCUAUGUCAAGCCAAAGUUCAUCAUCAUCAGAAGCCUCAAAAAUCACUAAAAAUGAGAUCAUUGAUCUCAUUUUGAAGCUACAAGCUUUGCUACCUCACAUUAAUCAAAGGCAGGACUCAAGGGUAUCGGCAUCGAAAAUUUUGAAGGAAACGUGCAGCUAUAUCGGGAAGCUACAAAGAGAGGUGGAUGACUUGAGCGAAAAACUAUCUCAAAUGCUGGAUUCUAUGGACAUAUCUAAUGUUGAUGUAGAAUCCCUUAUAAGUAUUCUACUACAACAGUAAUGCAAGCUUACCCAAUACCCUGCUUUUCUUUUCUUUUCUUUUCUAUCUAUUUGCUGAUUGGGAAUCCUUCAUGCUUCCACCUAGUAUUCUGCUAUGUUUUAAUUUCAUAAUAUUAUGGAGUUUCUUUUUCUAGUUUAUCUGUCUCAAUUUUUGUCCUGCUCUGCCUUAAAUAUCAAAUAUAGCUUGCAUUCCUCAACUAA